AUGAUUUCUAAGAGAGCACAUUCAGGACUCUUAGUUCUGUUCUUCACAUUUUGUGCUGUUGCAGACGAUGCAGUUAUUAAAAGUAGUUUAACGUUCGUAAUAGACGAUACGGCAUCUAUGUGGAAUGAAAUAAAGCAAGUGAAAGAAGAAGUUAACAUUAUAUUUGAGAAAGUGCUAAGUUCGAAGGCAUCACAGAUAGAAAAUUUUGUGCUCGUCACGUUCAACGAUCCGUACGCUAGCCAGCGUACCGUUACCACAAAACGGGAUGAAUUUAAAAGCGCUUUGGCUUCAAUACAUGUUCAUGGAGGCGGUGAUUGCCCAGAAGCUGCCAUGGAAGGCAUUAGCUUAGCACUUCGAAUUAGUAGGCCCCAUUCAUAUUUGUACGUUUUCACUGAUGCAUCAGCUAAAGACUACGCAAGGUUUGAGCAGGUCAAGAGUCUUUCACAGAAGAUGCAGAGUCAGAUUGUUUUUAUACUGACUGGAGAAUGCAACGGUAGAAGGGGUGCUGAUUACCAAGUGUUUCACCAAUUGGCAGAGGCUACCUCUGGUCAAGUCUUCCAUAUGAUGAAAGAUGACGUGAAAGAUAUAUUGAAGUAUAUUGAAGAGUCUAUCACAGGCAUAGGAAGCAAGCUUGUCGACACAAAAUUACCGUCUGGUUAUGGUAAAAAUCUUACAUAUAUUGUCGACCCCCACACUGGAGAUGUACUAAUAGCUGUGACUGGGAAAAUACCUAAAAUCGACGAUGUAAUUGGUCCCGAUGGAAGUCGGCCCGAUAUGUCACACAUAGUAUCAGGAAAAUCUGAAAUGGCGGUGGUGAAGGUGACCGGUGCAAAGCCAGGAGAACACGUCGUGUCGAUCGGAAGCAUGUCCGAAACGCAUGCAGUUGUUAGUGCAAAAAGCACAAUCAACUUUCAACUCGGAUUUAAUGUGUUCAAGCCAAAAUCCAGCAAAGACAUCGUCACGAGACCACCGCCAAAAGGGAAUGUGUUCAUGGGUGUCAAGUUACUCGGGACAGGAGUCAAAUUGGAAACAGUCCAAAUACUUGGAAUGAAGGAUGAAGUCAUAGAGGAACUAACAUUAGAACUAUUAGAUGAAAAAUCGCAAUUCUAUGUAACGCCAUCAUUUAACCCACCGUCUACUAUGUUCCGUGUAAUUAUAAAUGGAUACGACGUUAAUACUAAAUUACCAGUAACGAGAAGAAGUCCAACACCAAUAUCCAGACAAGAUUUGUCUACAGAUUCUGAGGUAAAAGUUGACACUGCGCCGAAAGUUACGAUUGAUGGUGAUACUUCAAUAACUCUAUACGUUGAUGAUCCAUUAGAACUGACUUGUAAAGUUCACGCUUAUCCUGAACCAGAGAUAAUAUGGGAAGAUAGAGACAUUGGGAUUGUAAUGCCUGCUGAGAUCAAAAUAGUCGAAGUACCCUAUGAUUAUGUCAGUAUUUUAAAAAUAGACAAGGCAAACAGGAAUACAACCUACCAAUGUAAAGCUAACAACCGAAAUGGAAAUGACGUUCAAGGCGUAGAAAUUACAGCAAAAAGGAAAUUCUUUUUUGAUGUAAUCGAUUCACCUAAAGAUAUUCGUAUAGAAUAUGCAAAAGAAGGUAAACUUAUUUGCAAAGUAGAUGCCUACCCAUCGGCCACUAUAAAUUGGUAUAAAGAUGCAAAGCCUUUGUCUAGUAGCAGCCGUAUUGAGAUAUCCAAAGAUCAGACGGUGGUGACCUUGAAAGACAUGCAACCAGGUAUGGAAGGAAAGUUCAUGUGUGAAGCAAGAAAUGAUAAAGAGAGGAAAGUAUUUUAUUCACACGUCGAAAUAUUUGGUAUAGAACAACCUGUUAUAGAUAAGUCAGUUGAUGAAAUCCGUAUAACAGAGAAAAAAAAUGGUGAAUUAUCUUGUAGAAUUCUUAAGGGGAUCCCAAAACCGACUAUUACCUGGUCGUUACGAGGUCCGGGCAUAAAAAAGAAUUUAAAACAAACUGGAGAGACCAUAAAGUUGAAAAAUACUCAAAGAGUCCAAAGUGGUCUGUACAUAUGUACAGCGAAAAACGUAUUGGGAACAGAUAAUCACGAAACAGAAGUGAUAGUAGAAUAUCCACCGCUUAUUAAAAGUGAUGCAAAGGAAAUGAAGGUUGUAGAUGACGAUGAAGCAAGAUUGACAUGUGACGUUGUUGGAGUGCCGACGCCAACGGUAUACUGGACAUUCAAUAGUAUCAAAAUAAGAAGUACUUCAAGAACUCGAAUUACUACUGAUUACAGUCUUAUAAUCAAAACUACUUUAGCUGACACUGGACAUUACGGUUGUCAUGCAGAAAAUAAGCUUGGGAAAGAUGAACGCAAAGUUUUCCUACAAGUAUAUGUGCCAGUGACAAUUGAGAAACCGAAAUCUAAUAUAGUAGAUACCAUGGUUGGCAGUGGAACGUUGCUAAAUUGUAGAGCCGAUGGCUAACCCAAACCCGACAUAAAAUGGACUUUCCACGAAACUCCUGAUGCUCUUGGUAUAGAUGUUACGUCUUCUAAACACCCUUCACUACUGCUACAGAAACUGCAGCUCAAGCAACAAGGCUUUUAUAUGUGUCUUGCUGAAAAUGAAAUUAGUGGAUCAGCUAAUAUAACUUACGAAGUGAAAGUGUAUGCACCACCAGUUAUACAAAAUGUGUAUCCAAGUAAAUCGUUUGAAGCGAUUGAUGGAGAAAUGUUGCUUAGGAUUCAAUGCAAAGCUACCGGCAGCCCUACACCUACUGUUACCUGGCAGAAAGAUGGUCUAAACUUGGCAAUAGGGUCUGAAUGGUAUGGCAUGGAAGAUGAUGGCACUUUGCUCAUCAAAAACAUAGACCGUUUUGCAGAAGGUACAUACAUGUGUCUGGCAAAAAAUGUUGUAGGCAAUGAAAGUGACUAUUACGAAGUGAUUGUAAAAGAUUUAUUAACUGUAACACCCUCAAAGACUUUAUAUAUACGCGAAGGUGAAUCCAUUGAAAUCAAAUGCGAAAUACCACAUAGAAUCACAGAUCAAUUGCGUUGAUUUAAGGACGGAAAAGUGCGAAUGGAACGAGAUGAAAUAUAUUUAUCAAAUGUAACUCGGAGUGACGAUGGAGUGUAAACUUGCCGUGUGUCCGAUUUCUUCAAAACACAAUCUAUAGCCAUUAAGCUAGUGGUUGGAUUUAAACCGAUAUUUACUAGCGAAGAAGAAAAAAUCAUAGAAUUUGUCUACGAAUCCGAA